UGAAGUGUCUGCUGAGGAGUCAAAGAAGCGGAACUGGGAGAUGUUUGAAAAACUGACAGAAAUUUCUCGAGAUGCGUUGCAAAAUUACUUCGAUAACAAAUUAUCUCCACGAGAUCUAGAAAAAGAUAUGGACGAUAUGAAGAAAGGUCCUUACAGAUUUGGGGAAGAACAGCUGAUGGUUCUAUUUCCAGGUGACGGAAGUUGUCCAACGUCUUCUACAUUCGACAUUACGAUAAUGUACAAGUUGCUGAGAAACUAUCAAGGAGAAGAUUGGCCUGGUUGGGGAAAGAAACCAGGGAUUGAAGAUAUAGAGGAAAUCAAUGAUGUGGAACGCAUCCGGUGCUACAGAAACAAGGUUAAUCAUGCAGUGUCAGAAACCAAGGUCCUUGAGAAGGAUAUAUUUGAAAAAUAUUGGUUAGACUUAACUCAGGCUAUUGAAAGACUUAGCAAUGGGAAGUAUAGAGCUGUUAUAGAACAACUAAAAUCACAUAUUUCAGCAUCAACUGAGAAAAUCCUGCAGCAAAAGAAAUGUGGGGAUGGCUGA